UGUAUGUGUGUGUGUGAUGAAAAAUUAAAUCUCGGAAUUCCCUAUUUCAAUCUACCAAACGCGCCGGCAGAAGUAGCGCCCACCAGUUCGUCAUAUAAUAAAGGAAAAGCAUUAAACUUUACUGGUUUGUUAACAGAUAAACGUGUUCGGAAUUUCCCGUAUAACUUAUACGUCGCCGUCACCGUCGCCGUCCUGAUCAAGGGUGCCUAUUUUACCUUUUAUUAUGAAAACAAAAAUUCGAGAAAAAAAUUGGGACUAUUAUCCGUCUUCUUGAAACUGCUAUCCAGAUACCUAUCUUCUGAGGAUUUAACGAUGUUUUAAUAGAAUUAUGAGGAUUUUCUGCAGCUCAAGUUCUAUAACUCUGACUAUUUACGUAACCAGAUGCCCAUGUCUCAUCGGAAUAAAACGUCAGAUCUAAGAAAUUAUCGUCGUUUAAAUGUUCAUUAAACCAUCGCCAAUAUCGAAGGUAUUUAAAACUACAGUUUUGUUAUGAUGAAAAUUGUUUUGUGUGAAUAAAUAACAAA